AUGAAUUCCCGUAAAUUUUCGAAAUCCGAACUAACUUCAAUGUUUUUCAUAGGAGCAUUCUUUAAGAUAUCCGGUCUCGCGCCUUUUAGAGUAUCCUUUCUGCGAAAGCGAUACCUCGGAAAGCCAAGAAUAAGUUUUCAUCACUCAUGGAAAGGCACAAUUUGCAAUAUCGUUUUAUUACUUCCUAUGGUCGUAGAAUUAGUAACCGGCAUUGUAAAGUUUAAAAUAUACUCACAGAAAGGAUUGUUAGGAUUGUGGAUUUCCCUCGCUAUUCUAUGGGUGAUUCCUGUAAUUUUGCUGUACUUUUGUUUCAACCAACAGAAAUCAAUUGAAAUACUCGGCAAACUAGUAGAAAUAGAAUACGACUUGACUGACAGAUUCAACCGUUCUGUUUCGCGGAAGCACAAGAACCUCAAUUACGAAAUUUCAUUGUUCAUUCCGCAAAUAUUGUUUUUAGUGAUUCAUACCACAUAUAUUAUCAUUAAAUUCAGAAGUUACGGGUUGUUUGUAAUCAUAAUUUCGGGUUUUAUAAUCAAUAAUUUAUUUCUCUUGUACGCUCUGCUUAUCAAUUUCAUAACCAAACGAUACGAUUUCAUCAACGAGAUGCUUCUGACUUUGAUUUUUAGGGAUCAAAAAACUGAUCUAACUUUUUUGACAAGUUCUUCACAGAAUGAAAUGACUCUCAAAACUCUAAUUUUGAUCAGAAAACUGCAACGCAAGUUGUAUCAAGUGUGUAAAGAUGUGUCCAAUUUUUUUUCUUGGCCAAUUUUGUUAGUCGUUAUAUUGUUUUGUGUGAGGUUAAUUUUUUAUUCAUUCAGUUUUGCGAAAAGACUGUUUAUCUGUCCCAAGGAAAUCAAUCUUAUGACACUGAUUAGCGAACCUGUAACUUUGGCGAAAGAAAUAUUUGUUAUUCUUGUUUUGGCGCAUCAUAUGAGUCAAUUCACGUUCGAGAUCCAGAAAACAGGGGACAUUAUUUACAAAAUCAUGGACGUUUACUCUAUGCACGGGGGGAUACAAUCUGAGUUGGAACAGUUUUCGAUUGAAAUUCUGCACAGAAGGAUACCAAAUUCUAUCUUUGGGCUUUUUACGAUAGAUGGUUCACUAGUAACUUCG